UAACUGGUUUGCCCGAAGUAUCAAUCUUUGUUUAAUAGACUUCGCUGUCAUCUCUCCAAAAAGCACUAAGCAUUUCCUGGUCAUCUCCAUUACCUAACCAUAUUAUAGUAACGUAUUAAGGGGAAGGAGAUGAAGAUUUUCGAGUGUUUGACUUUUACAAUUUCUCUACAAUGAACGAAAUUUAGAUCUUUGAUAGGAACCCAUCUCGAAUCAGGCCUUGAAUUUGAGCUAUGAUGGCUGAAUUAAGGGUUUUGAUCUGGGUUUUAUUGGGGUUAUGGAUUCAUGUUGUGUGGGGUGUGAAAACGGCUCAGGAGGCACCGUUCAGGAUCCAUACUCUGUUCUCAGUGGAAUGCCAGAAUUACUUUGAUUGGCAAACGGUGGGGCUCAUGCAUAGCUUCAAGAAGGCUGGACAACCUGGGCCCAUUACCCGACUUCUGAGCUGUACGGAGGAGGAGAAGAAGAAUUACAGAGGGAUGCAUUUGGCUCCAACUUUUGAGGUCCCUUCCAUGAGCAGACACCCAAGGACUGGAGAUUGGUACCCUGCAAUCAAUAAACCUGCUGGAAUUGUUCACUGGCUGAAACAUAGUAAAGAUGCGGAAAAUGUUGACUGGGUUGUUAUUCUAGACGCAGACAUGAUCAUUCGAGGUCCAAUCAUACCUUGGGAACUUGGUGCAGAGAAAGGCAAGCCUGUCGCAGCAUAUUAUGGGUACUUGGUUGGAUGUGACAAUAUUCUAGCUCAGUUGCACACGAGGCACCCUGAACUCUGUGACAAGGUUGGUGGGCUUUUAGCAAUGCAUAUGGAUGACCUUCGAGCAUUAGCCCCCAUGUGGCUUUCAAAGACAGAAGAAGUACGUGAAGAUAGAGCUCACUGGGCAACCAAUAUAACUGGGGAUAUCUAUGGGCAAGGUUGGAUAAGUGAGAUGUAUGGCUACUCAUUUGGUGCUGCAGAAGUUGGACUUCAUCAUAAGAUUAAUGACAACUUAAUGAUCUACCCAGGCUAUACUCCACGAGAAGGUGUUCAGCCAAUUCUACUUCACUAUGGUUUGUCUUUUAGGGUGGGGAAUUGGUCUUUCAGUAAAUUGAAACACCAUGAAGAUGAUAUUGUUUAUGACUGUGGUCGUCUCUUUCCUGAGCCUCCUUAUCCUAGAGAGGUAAAAUUGAUGGAAUCUAAUCCAAAUAAAAGACGAGGACUGUUUUUAAGUAUAGAAUGUAUAAAUACUUUGAAUGAAGGUCUAUUGUUACAGCAUGCUACAAAUGGAUGCUCUAAGCCAAAAUGGUCAAAAUACUUGAGCUUUUUAAAGAGCAAAACUUUUGCUGAAUUAACUCGGCCAAAACUUCUCACUCCUGACAGUAUAAAAGAUGUGGCUGCAAAAGAGAAGCAGGUCAUCAAUGAACCUCAGAAACCAUAUCCAAAAAUCCACACCAUAUUUUCCACGGAAUGUACCCCUUAUUUUGAUUGGCAGACUGUAGGCCUUAUGCAUAGUUUCCAGUUAAGUGGUCAGCCUGGAAAUAUCACACGACUUCUCAGUUGUACAGAUGAAGACUUAAAGCGGUAUAAAGGCCAUGAUCUGGCUCCCACCCAUUAUGUUCCUUCUAUGAGCCGGCAUCCACUAACAGGGGAUUGGUAUCCAGCAAUUAAUAAACCAGCUGCUGUCCUUCAUUGGCUUAAUCAUGCAAAUAUUGAUGCUGAGUUCAUAGUUAUUCUUGAUGCUGACAUGAUCUUGAGAGGUCCAAUUACACCAUGGGAGUUCAAGGCAGCACGUGGCCGUCCAGUUUCAACUCCUUACGACUACCUUAUCGGUUGUGACAACGUGCUUGCAAAACUCCAUACAAGACAUCCUGAGGCUUGUGACAAGGUAGGGGGUGUAAUCAUCAUGCAUAUAGAAGAUCUUCGAAAAUUUGCUAUGCUAUGGCUGCAUAAAACUGAGGAGGUUCGUGCUGACAAAGCCCAUUAUGCCACAAAUAUCACCGGUGAUAUAUAUGAAUCUGGCUGGAUUAGUGAGAUGUACGGUUACUCUUUUGGUGCCGCAGAGCUGCAACUACAACACAUUAUAAGCAGGGAGAUAUUGAUAUACCCAGGAUAUGUCCCCCAGCCAGGUGUAAAGUACAGAGUUUUUCACUAUGGAUUAGAAUUUAAAGUUGGAAAUUGGAGUUUUGAUAAGGCAAACUGGAGAGAUACUGAUAUGACUAACAAAUGUUGGGCUAAGUUUCCCGACCCACCUGAUCCAUCAACACUUGAUCGGACUGACGAGGACAUCUUACAAAAGGACUUACUUAGCAUAGAAUGUGGAAAGACACUGAAUGAAGCACUACUCUUGCAUCAUAAGAAGAGCAAUUGUCCUGAUCCUAGCUCCUUGUCCAAACCAAAUUCAGAUACAGCAAAGGAAGUUGUCAGUUCAAGGAAAUUUGGCAAGAUUGAUGGAAGUAAUGCUGGUUUACUAAGCAACCCUGUACCUAUAAAACAUUCUCAGAAAUUAACUCUGCCUGCUGCAAAUGAUGGCAUCUUUGGUUCUUUGAGGUUCUGGGUUAUUGUAUUAUGGGCAGUUUCUGGUUUGGGUUUUGUGGCAGUCAUGUUCAUGCUGUUUUUAGGUCGUAAAAGUAAGGGAACUAAGGGGAAAAGUUAUAGAAACAAGAGAAGAUCAUCAUAUUCGGGAUUCUUGGACACUAGUGGCCGUGAACGGCUUAGUCGCAACGCUGAGUCAUCUUUGUAACCUUAAUUUAUAGAAGAACACACACACGAUGAUUUGUAGAAGAUAGGACAUUCCAAGAUUUUAGGAGAGGACUUUAAGAAGACCUUGCCAUAAGUCUUGGGGCAAAGUUUCACUCCCAAAAUAUUCUACAUUGUACUAUCAGAGUUGUCUCUUCUUGGACACAGAUUUAUUAUUGUUUCACAUCGUAUAGAACCAGUUUGAUUUAGGGCUGAGUACAGUUCGAUGAUAAUUGAAAAAUAAGAGCAAUUUUAUUUUA